AUGAGUGAUAAGAAGAUUCCACCCCCUCGGCCUCCAGCGCCAAAAUUGGGUUCAAUGAAAGGAGGAAGUAGGAAUCGUGGAAAGACUAACCUGCCCUCUGUCAGUAUUCGAUACAACCCCUUAUCAUCCUUAGAUGAUGACGAUUUUAUAUUAGACGAUGAAAUAUCUAUAGUGAAAGAUAAGAAAAUUCAGCCAACCAGUGUAUCCAACGGUAGAAGUGUCAGUCAGCCAAGUAAAAGGAAUACAUCUGAAACCGUACCAAUAAAUGCAGCUAAACCACCAACAAAAUCAGCUGUUCCAGAACAACCCAGAUCUGCUAGUGUGCCAACAAAAUCACGGUCCUUUGAUAGAGGACUAUUUACUGUUAAUAGUGAGAUUUUGGAGGUAAAAGGAGAGGACACACACACAAAAUUUGAAGGUGUAAAAGAUGCCGGAACUGAUCCACUUACUUUAUUGAGUAAAAUGUGGGAGGAAGAAGAUCUAAGCCCUCCAACCUCUCCGCUAACAAGACCAAGAGCUAGCAGUGCUAAAAAUGGUACUUUGCAUACAAGAGCCAAAAGUUUGGACAGAGAAGUGCAUGUCAAUACUGCUACAGAUGGAUUAGAUCUAGUUUCUGACCAUUAUGACAUUCCCCCAUCUGCGUCUGAUCCAUAUUUCUUCCAUACCAAGAUACAACAAGGCUACCAAGAGAAAACUGAACCCAAGGAACAAUCAGUGAAAGCUGAGAGCCCAAAGCACACUAACAGUAAAAAAAGGAACAUUGGUAGUAUUUCCAUGUCUGGACUGCUAGCACACUCUAUAAGCUUGGAUGGAACCGAAUCUGGACGAGCUACAGAUCAAUCCAGUGAGGGAGAUGAUAGUAAGAUUGACAGUCCAUCAUCAGAGAGAAGUAGUAACGGUAUUUUGGACAUUCAACUUGAGGAUAUUGAAUCCCCCAAAGAAACCAAACCACCCAUUACAAUUGUAUUUACCUCAGCUGAACCGUUCCCUUUUAUCCCUGGUUUAUUACUGACGAUGCUUGUGUAUACAUAUUUCACCGUUCCUCUGCCACCCUAUAUUCAAGGCAUGUUUCUUGGAUUUGGAAUAGCAUUUUUCCUCUUCAGUUUCUUUGUCUGGUUAAUAGUACCACCAACUCCAAGAGAACCUAUGAAGUUGCCUGAUGUAUCCCUACUGCCACAACUAAAAGUUCCAAUAACGAAUCAAAAACAGAAAGAAGACGAAAAGCUUCUGCAACGGAUGAAUGAAAUAAUGAAAUACGAUCCUACCAACUAUCACAUCAGUCACACUCAUUCUGUAUUUGUACGCUUAGAAGAAUACAGUCUACGACUCUCUCGACCAAAAAUCAACAUACCACGCAAAGCCUCAUGGGAUGAACCAAAUCACAAGGCUGAGUUUGUUAAUCAAAGGCAUUUUGAUUUAAGAGGCAGUGAAGUUGUCCUCCUCCCAGAAGGACUCUGUCGAAAACGCUGGUGGAGUAAGAAGUACCCAAUUUGUGUGAAGCUGAAGAAAAAGGGAACUUCAGCUCAGAAGAAAGUAGAUAGUCCAACUGAUGGUUGCGUACCUUUAGGUGAUAAUAUGAAAUCAUUUGACAUCAUUACUCGUGAAGACUGUGAAGAUGAUAUUCUGCAUCUGUUUGGUAGAACUGGAAGGGAAAAAGAAGAGUGGUUCCGGAAGUUAGAACUUGCUGCUAACUGGGACAAUAACCAGGGAAAGAAACCAUUGCAAACUCUAUUAAAAGAUAAGCCAUCAACAAAGAUUAAAGUCACUGAAGAACCUAGCACUCCUUCGAAUGAUGCCCCUCCAUUGCUAGAAGACAUAGAGAGAAUUAAUCUGAAGGUGGGACAGGAUUAUUACAAGUACAUGUCAAGACUGAUACCAAAGGACAAAGAAGAAGUUGGUCAAGGUGUUAAUGUGAAAGCUGGUGGUGUGACGUAUGCAAGUCCAGCUAGAAAAACCAAAACUGAAAGUACUGUAAAUGAAUCUCCUUCCUGGGUGAAUGCUUUGAGAAGAGCAUUCUGGGACUUUCUAAGAGAACAACAAUGGGCUGGAGUAGUGGCCCAUAAGAUACAAAGGAAACUGAGUAAAAUAAUUGAUCUUGGUAUUGCUAUGCCGGUCAUCCGCCGUACCUCUAAGCCAGUAAUGGAUGAACGAGGAGUCUGGGUGGAUUUGGAUAUCACGUAUUACGGCUCAUGUUGCAUGACGCUGGAAACCAAACUUAAUUUGACAAAACUAGGAAAAGAUACUGAAGCUGGAGAGCAUACUCUCUCAUCUUCCAAGAUUUCUAAGAGUGGCAGAAAGGGCAGGAGGAAGUAUGAUGGUAGUAGUAGUAGUGUGAAGAUUAACACUAACAAGAACGAUGAUGAUUCUUAUAACACUGAACACGAAUCACUUUUACUGAAGAGUCCACCUGCAGCUUUACAUAGUGAUGAGGAGGAUAGUGCAGAGUCUUCUGAAGAAGAAGAUGCUGAUGUCCCUGAACCUGGUGCUACAGAACAUGUUGAGAGUAGUUAUUCUGGAAGCAGUACAAGUAAGAAGAUUUUACGUAUUGUGGACAGAAUUGCUAAAUCCAAAUACUUCCAGAAAGCAGCUGAGAAUUCAUAUGUUAAAAAAGCUAUAGAAGAAGUAUCUAAUUUGCCAUUGGUGCUGACUGUUGAAGUGAAAGGUUUACAUGGAACACUCGCUGUCAAUUUACCCCCGCCUCCUUCUGAUAGACUUUGGUAUGGUUUUCGUACUAAGCCACAUCUCUGGUUGUCAGCACGACCUAAACUAGGAAUGAGACAAGUUACUAUUACACACGUUACUGAAUGGAUAGAGAAGAAACUAGAACAAGAAUUUCAGAAAGUCUUUGUGAUGCCAAAUAUGGAUGAUUUAGUUGUCCCCAUAAUGGAUGGGGGUCUGGAUGAAAGCUAUGAUCAAAAUACAGAGACAGACCAAUAA